GCUCGCUUUCCCUCUUCGGACUGUUUAUACAGAAGGACGUGCUUGUUUUGUGUCGGUGUCGUUCUGUUUCUUUUCUUAAGUCGUCUGUAAAACUACAAAAUUUUACUUUAUAAUGUUGAAAAAAAAGUUAGAUUUUCAGCGAUGACAGAAGAAUAUGGCAGAGAACGAUCUUGCCGCGUUCAGGGAGCGUUGGAAACGAGAGUUGUCGAGUAAAAAGGGGGAGCAACGACUGGUUUGUGCGCCUUCCUCUUCCCGGGAUAUUGAUGAUCAGUUAGGCCAGAGAGACUUAAAAAAUCUUAACAAGGCCGAUAGUCAUUCAAAGCCAGAAGAAGAUGGUUGCACUGAGCAUGUUCGUGUAGGGGGAAAACCUGCUGCUGUUGCUGCUGCCGCAGAGACAGAGGAUCAGCCUCAGUAUGUGUCCAUUGCAAGUAGUUUGCUGGAUGGAAGGACCAGCCCUCUGUUGGACAGAAUUCAGGAGGAGAGGAGCAGGAGAAAGAGGCAAUAUCAUAACAUGACUAAUGUCUGCAGCGCAUCCUUGCAGCAGCAGCCUCAGGGAAAGGUCAAGAAAGAAGAAGAGCUGGUAGACCAACUCAUUCAGGACCUGAAUGAAGUCAAUGACAUUCCCUUCUUUGAUAUUGAGUUGCCGUAUGAGAUAGCUUUGAAGAUAUUCCAAUAUCUCAACUGUGCAGAACUAGGCCGAUGUGCCCAGGUGAGCAGGGCAUGGAGAGUCCUUGCAGAGGACUCCGUUCUGUGGUUCAAGUUGUGCGUGAGGGAGGGUUACCAUCAGAAUGCCAGCAUGUCUGACUCGCCCUGCUGGAAGAGUAUGCUGCGAGACUGCAGGAACUCUUCUAAAACGGUGCGCUUCAACUGGAAGAAUCGAGUGGGAUCCAUCAGCCAGCUGCAGUUCGAGUUGGGGAAGGUGCUGUGUGACGUCAGCUCCUAUGACAACUUCGUCUUAGCUGGGUACACGUCUGGUGAUGUGAGGCUGUGGGAUACCCUCCACUGGGACUCAACGGCUUCGUACCUGAAGGCCAAUAGUCUGUCUGCUAACACUGAGCCGAGACCACAUGUUAGUCACGUCCAGGUCAACGGCACGCUGGCUGCUGCUGCGUAUGAAGAUGGCUGUGUAGACCUGUGGAGCACAGAGACAGGUGGGGAACCCAUCUACCACUACCAGACUCCAGGGAGGAUCCAGGUUCUGUCCCUAAGCCCUGACAGUCCUGUCCUGAUCUCUGCCACUGGAUCAGAUGUUCGGCUUGACUGCGCAAAAGACUGUGGCUACUGGACGACAGUAUGCCAGACUCAGCUACCCAAGACUGUAGAGAGCAUGACUUUAGUCCCAGGUAGGGACCAGCAAAGCCCGUUGGCAGCUCUGGCAGCAGGAGAGUCCAUGUACCUGUUGGACCCACAGGAGGAGGAGCCAUUGAUGCUCCACUCAGUCUAUGGUCAUCCUGUUACCUGCUUGGAUGCCUCAGAAUCCCAUGUUGCAUUUGGGGUGAAGCGCACAGGCUGGGCCAUGCAUGACGGAGGGAACAAGAUCCACAUCUACAGCCUGGAGACGCGCAAACCGACAGUUUCUGUCGGCAACUCACCGGGAGAUUUCACUUGCAUCAACCUGAGAGACAGCUCUCCUCAUCUGCUGGUGUGUGGGAACAAAGACAGGAGGGUGAGGGUGUUCGACCUAAGAGCCGGCUCUUCUGUCGCAUCUCUGUACGCCCACCACUUGGGGGUCACCUCUGUGCAAGCGGAUGACUGGAAGAUUGUGAGCGGCGGAGGCGAGGGAUUGGUGUGUGUCUGGGAGAUGAGGAUGGGAGCAAAGCUAUGGGAGAUGCACAACAGGCAUCCUGUAAGGCAUGUACGCUUCAACACCAGCACUCUGGUAACAGCCAACAUCCCUGAUGACAAGUCGCCACGGGGGGCCUGCAUCACAGAUGAUGACCUAACAGCUCAUCGCAGACACAGAGGAGUCAUCUGCCACUAUGACUUCUCUGAGGACGCCCUGUCACAGGAUCACAUCCUGCCCAUCUGCAGGUCUGACUACAUAGAGUCUUAUGGCUACAACUACAACAUCAACCUAGCAGUGCCUUAUGACAGGCUGUCUGGUUCCCAUCCAUCCCAAUGACACGCAGUUUUCCAGACUGCAAAUGGACUUAAUUGACUGCAAUUGAAAAGACAGUAAAAUUUAUCAGUUUAAACUCUGUCCUUUUAUUUAACAGGUCCUCUUUCAUCAUCCUGAUCAAAUCAAGGCUAUUAAAAUGUAGUAGUGUCGGUGUAUUGUAUAUAACUGUUGCAUAGGUAUUUCUAUGUUAUUGCUGAAUCUAGCUGCCCGAUGAAACACUGGGUUUGAUGUAGUCCAACAUCACAGGAAUAUAGUCAUUUUAUCUCAUUUACUAUAUGCAAAUCAUUUUAAUAUU